CCCUCACAUCUGCUAUAACCCAGUGAGGUAAGCACCGAGGGAUCACUGGUAUACAAACUGUUGCCUGGCAGAUCAGAAGCGUCAGAGUGGGAUAGGGAAGCAUCCCGGAUUCAGGAGGAUAAACCACACAGCGAUAUACUCACCUCAUUCACAUCACCUCUACUGCUGAACCUGUGAGAGGAGACAGGCGAGACAGAGGAAGAUAAUGCAAUCAGCUUAUGAUGACCUGGCCAAGCAGAGGAUGCAGCAGUCCAAGGCUUUGUGUUCAGAGRCCGGGCGAGGAGGUCUGAACUUAGGGAAGAAGAUCAGUAUACCCAAGGAUGUGAUGAUGGAAGAGUUGAACCUUCAGUCCAACCGUGGCUCCCGCAUGUUCCAGGAGAGACUGAAGAGGGUGGAGAGGUUCACUCUGGAGAACCAAGUCAACAACUUAUACAGCAAUGGCCUUCCAGAGCCCAUGCCUUCCCAGACAGUAGAAGAGCCCCAGGGGGGGAAGGAGAACCAGGCAUAUAUGAUGCCUGGCAAACACAGCCUGAUCACCACCCUACAGAAAACUGUUGCCAAGAAGGGCAGCCCCAAUGCCAUCGCCCCAGGCUACGGGAGCCCCCUGAAGGAGAUCCCCCGUGAGAAGUUCAACCUGACAACCAGGUCCUACUGUUCCCCCUGGAGGGAAGCCCUGGGUGACAGUGACAAGCUCCUGUUGACUCUCAGCACCCAGCUCCCACAGGGGGCCACACUACAGCUGGCCAACUACAGGUGCUUCAACAGAGCGGCCACACCUUUUGGAGGCCCACAGCAACAGAGUAAGAGGGUGAUCCCAGUGAUGGGGUUCGAGCUGUUGGACUCACAGCACCUCCCUGGUACGACCYUGGACCGCAUGUGUAAACGUCCCAACUUCAACAGAGCACCACGGGGAUGGGGUCACGACUACUCCCCUGAAUCCACCGACCUGUGAUUGGCCCACUGUUCACCUACGUCCUUCAAACUUCAUGUGACAUCACAGGCUAAAAGACUGAAGCAUUAAUCUGCUCUUAUUACCCAUCCUCAUCCCUCUGGAUUGAAAGAUGACCUAUCCGGAUUAGGAAGAAGUUGCCCCUAAAUACAGAUAUUUUCAUCCGUUUAAUAGUUAGGAUAAGGGUAGAUCUGUGGUUAGGGGCAACUUGUAACUCGAGUGAUCCCUGUUAUUGAGUCACUCCUCCUUUCUUUCAUCUUAACGCCCUCUUACCCAUCCUCACUCCCCCAUUCACCUCACCACUUGCCUCCCUUCCCAUCCCCUGUUCACUCAUCCCUCCCUCUUUCGGAGCCCCCCUGUUUAUAAAGGACUGACAGUGUGAUCUUGAUUAAUGUAAAUGAUAGAGUACUUGUUUUAAUGGCAUAAGCGGACAACAUACGUGAAACAUUACAAUAAUAAACUUAAUCAUGUUGUGGGAAAAAAAUUGUAUCAAAGUGAGAAACAAAUGUAUAAUAUGAAUGAGAAUAUAAAAAUGUUCCUCUCAAGA